UGCCGGCAACGCAGACGGACAGGCAAGGACCUAGAGGCGGUGGCACAGAUCUGGGACCAGCAGCAGAUCGAGGAGGGACAAACCAGGCGGUUGCAAGGAGAGAAGGAGGAUUUUCUAGAGGGUUUCGCACGGUUUUCUUCUUUUUUACAAACCAGCUGCACGGAGGAGCUUCAAGAAAGAUGAAUUAUUUCAUUCUGUUCUCGCUUUUUGCCACGGUUUUCGCCGGAAAUGCACCUCGGCUGAAAUUUGUUGUGCACGAGCCCUCCAGGUUCCACUUCAACAAACCUGAGAACUACAUCAGCAUGUACCACCAGGAAGGAAGCGACACGGUGUACGUUGGCGGCCAGGCGAUGGUCUAUGUGUUGACGUUCACUAACAGAGGGGUCCGCGACGUGCAGAUCCCAGCGGCAUCUGACCAGACUGCAAUUGAUACCUGCAAGGCAAAGGCUGCACCACUCGAGCUGGAGUGUGAUAAUUUCAUCACCGUCAUUCAGAAAGUAAACGACACAAUGAUUAUAUGUGGAACAAAUGCUGGGAGCCCCAGGUGCUGGAUGCUGGUCAAUGAGACGGUGCUGACCGACGUCCAGGGGAACGGGCAGAUCGCGUCGGCCUCUGACAUCUCACCGCCCUACCCUUCCCAGAAGUCCAUCAGCUUUCCUGCAGAUGGGAGUCUGUAUUCGGCUAUUUCAUCUGUGGCAGGUCACCCCGGCUCCAUUCGACGUACGUUUGGCUCCCAGAAGCUCCUGAAGACGGAGAACAUUUGGCUGCUGAAUCCACAGUUUGCGGGGGCAGCGGUUAUCCCGUCCACAAUGAAGUACAAGGAGGAGAUCUACUUCUUCUUCAGUGAGCUCAACAAGACAGCCCGAGUGGACGAGGAGCCGUACAGGGCCCGCAUUGGACGCAUCUGCACGGCUUUCUCCGCAUUACUACGCACAGGCCCAAAACUCACUGUGAUCAACCUGGCUUACCACAAAGCUUAA